AUGGACGUGGAGGAGCCGCUAAAUCGCGGGGUGUGCUUCAAAGAUGGGUUUUCUGGGGAUAUUGGGGAAACCGUGUCAGGCUUCCAGCGUUCCUUGCGCGGAGACGCCAAUCACGACUCACGCUACACCAAAUACGGGGGUGGGAAGAAGAGAGACAGACACAGACAGCAUGGGGCACCCCUCGGCCAUCCCGAGAGACAGAAUACGGCCGGGGUUAUGCCCGCCCUCGUCAGCCCCACGGUAUUUGGAGAACUUGGCAACGAUGUGCGCCCCUUCCAGGCACCGUUCGACCAUCGACUACGGAAGUCUUCUGCGUGCUUCUGGCAAUUCCAAGCUGAUAAGAACGCGGUUUCCACGCAGUACAGGGGCCGUCUAAUACUCCGGAAUCUGGCCGUGGAUUUGCAGUGCCGAGCCUCCAUGGAUUUGGAUGGGGGCUGGCCGACCAGGGGGUGGCCUCUCCCCAACACGAGUCAGGGGCCAUUUCCAACCUGCAUUAACACUUUCGUCAUAGGCUAG